GUUUAAUCAGCAAGUAGUUACUUUUAACUAAUACUUCAUAACGAAUUAAUUCUAUUAAAAAUUGUAUUGUCAUUAUACGCAAAAAUCGUCCAUUAGUACUUAAAUCUGUUGGCACUUCUAUCAGACACCGAACAAAUAGCUUACAUAUGUUUGAAAUUUGAAAUCAUUGGUAUGACGUAGCUGUGUUUUUCUUUUUACAUAACGGGCCACUUGUUUUUCUCUCCUCUUAUAUCACCCUACUAUUACUGUAUCCAAACAGUCAUCAUGCAAUUCUCCAACGUUUGGUCAACCAAGCUAAUCCCAAUAGAUGCUUGAACUUUCGCAGUUUGACACCAAUGAUAUUUCGAUCUAUUAUUCAGAAUCUUCAGCUCAUAUCAAUAUGAAUAAAAAUUAUCUUCGAACAAAGUAGUGUGUUUGCCGGCACGUUUUCUCCUCUAAUAUUAAAAGGACUCAGUUUUGAUAGACCUUCGGAACAAUAUACCAGCUUGUACACUGCAGUUUCCUCCUCUUCCUCUUCUAAAAGCGACACAGAGUAUCUUCUACGGUUUAAACGAUGGCAAGUAUGGCUGUGUCGUCGGCAUAAGCAGCUGCUGUCAUAUUGUACGUUUGUGUUACUACGGAGGUAGCGCGUCGAGCGGGAGUGCUUCAAGCGGGACGACGAUACGACGACGGAAAACCUGUAUAAGUGCGAGGGAGAGAAAUUUAAGAAGACUGGAAAGUAACGAGAGAGAAAGAAUGAGAAUGCAUUCGUUAAAUGAUGCAUUUGAGCAACUAAGAGAAGUCAUUCCACACAUCAAAAUGGAACGAAAAUUAUCAAAAAUAGAAACAUUAACAUUAGCAAAAAAUUAUAUAAUGGCACUAACAAAUGUCAUAUGUGACAUGAGAGGCGAAGAAAAACAUUACACAUUCGUCCAAGACAUGGAAAGUGACGGGGGCGAAAUAGAUUUAAAUAAUGGCAUGGACGAGACGUCGAAUCAAGAGCCAAACAACAACAGCAUAUACCAAGAAAAUCUAGAAGCCCGUUCAGAUAAUUCAGUGAAUUCACGUUAAGUAAUACGACCAGCGUAAUUAUCUGAUUUAAGUCAGUUAGAUUGCUUGUUUGAAUCAAACUACGAUGUCUAGUUAGGAUUUAAAUGUUAAUCAAAUGCAGGAGCGGAUUUAGAAGAUCAAAUGUACGGUAAAUGUGUUAAUAAGAAUUUACAAUCUCAAUCACGAAAACAAAACUGAGGAUUCAAGAUCGCCUAAAUCCGCCCCUUAUUAGAUCAAGGAGAUAAAAGGAGGCUUAAUAUUUACCAUUAGUCAUUGGUGUGCAGGAGGUUUGUAUCUAAGCUACACGAAUUUUGUUUUCUGUAUAAUUACCUAUCGGUAUAAUAUAACCGACAUAUCUUUGGUGCAAUUAGAAUAUGUCAUAUUUUCAACAAAUUUACGACAGCGAUUCAAUUAGUAUUAUAACAGCAAAUUAUUUAGUAUCAUAAAUUUCCUAUAAUAUAAUAAUAAUUGCGCAAUGUAAGCAUUUGUUUAAUUAAUUUAAUUAAAUCAAAUACCUUAAAUUAUCCACAGUUAAUGCAAUAGUAUUGUCCUAAACAAAUUACUAUUUUGGCCUCACAGCAGUUUAACACGUUGCCGGCUAAAGGCAGUUAUCAAAUUUGUCAUAUAUUUUAAAAUAUUGUCAAUUUUAAUAAUCUAGAAUUAUCCUAAUUAUCUCAAAAUGAUUAUCCAUUCUAUAAAUUAAACAAAAUGAUGCAAAAAAAUAAUACCAACAUUACCAAUUAGUAAAAGAGAAAUACUGUAAUAAUUUAUAGCUAUGUCUGCUUAUUAGGCUUCAUCAAUCUUUAAACUCUUAAGAUAAUUAAUUUGAGUAACUGACACAUUGUUUCAGUUAUGGGAUAUAAAUGAAAUAUCCAAAUCAUCAUCGUCAUAAUAGGCUCGCUCACAUUGUCAACUGCUUGAACUGCUGGACAUAAGCCUCUCUCAAAUUUUGCAAUUUUUUUUUUCACAGUUAGUGACAUUUUCUUUGUAAUCACUGCAACUACUAAGCGUCCGUCCUCUAUUUCUGAAAAACUUUUUGGUCCAUAUUUGGUGUUCAAUUAUAGUGAAAUGGCCCGCGAUGGGGCCCAGCAUGACUGCUUUGGAUUUUAUGAGUUUGCUUUCCCAACUUAUACCUUGUAUUACAAUAACUAAUAGUUUUAUAAUGUCUGUGGGAAAUCAGAUUGGUCACAAACUGGGUAUUUGAGAUAUCUAGUUGCAAAUCAUAUUUUCCUGUCGCAUAUUAUGUAACAUUCCUAACAUUUGCUGAGACUCUUGCAUAUACUUUAUAGUUGGAGUAGCGAAUCCUUACAUAUGCGUCAUUAAUAUAUGAUAAUUUAAAACAGGUAAUCUUUAUGUACCAUCCAUUUUCUAUUUUCUUUAGCAUCAUUUUCUGAUCUCUUUUAUAAGCAGAUACUUAUGACUGAUGGCCGAUUGGAGACUUCAUGUUACUUUAUUGCAGUAGGUAGUUAAAUCUGUCACGUCACAGUUGUUUGUGAUCUUGGUUUUCAGUUUAGUUCCUAGUAAUUGUGUUUUGCAGCCGGAAGCAUUGUACAAAUAGUUUUAUUUUUAAUAAUCAAUUGGUAUUUUAAAGUUGAUAAUAAAUACAUAAAAAUAAUACAGCUUUACAGGCCUUAAAGACCCCUGGCUUUAAUUUUCUUUCAUUUGAUUCAGAUUCUUUGCUAUUUCUUUCGAAUCGAUUGUUCGUAUUUCAUUUACACCCUGUUUGUCCUCUUGUAACCAUUUUCCGUUUAGGCGUCUUUCUCUCUUCCCACCUCCUCCUCUAUAUCUAGUAUUAUUUUACCAUUCUCUGUACUGGAAAUCAAGUAAUCUGCCCUAACUAUGUCGGUCUUUGUGUUUUAACUUUUUGUAUUAUUUUUCGUUUUUUGAAUAAAUCUAUUACCUCUGUACACCUUCUCCGGAUACCUUCUACGGUUCUGCCAAUUUUUUUUAAGAAUGUUAUCUUUUUUGUCAUUAUCUAUGUUUGCAAUGCAUAUAGAACUAAUGUUCUUACAAUUGUUUCAUACGCUUUAAUUUUGACUGCUCUUAGCAGGUUUUUUGUUUUUAAUAUUUUUAUUUGAUUAGAGCAAUUAAUUCUGUCACGUCACAGUCGUUCUUGGUUGUCAGUUUAGUUUCUGGUAGGUUUAAUAUAUUUUAAAGUCUUAUAUUAUACAAAUAAUUUUUUUUAGAAAUAGUAUAUUAAAUUUUACAACAAAUACAUAUUUUUAAAGUGAAAAAAAUAAUAGUUCUUUUGUCCUUACAAAGAUAUGUACUUUAUUGCGAAGAAAUAGUCUCGAUGCUUAUAACGACCCUUCCAAUCCUAUCUUCUCAAGAAAGUAUAGGAUUCGGAGAAGCUUUAAGUUAGUUAGAUUGUAGAUUGCCCUCUUAUAUUUGGUAUCCUUUUAAACAUAGUGCCUUUGGAGUGCUACACAUUCAAUCAUAAUUUGAAUAUAGGUUUUGUUAUCCUCCUCACAUUAACGGCCAUCAUUAUCUUCUACUAUUCUCUUCUACUAUUCUCUUCUACUAUUCUCUUCUACUAUUCUCUUCUACUAUUCUCUUCUACUAUUCUCUUCUACUAUUCUCUUCUACUAUUCUCUUCUACUAUUCUCUUCUACUAUUCUCU